AUGUUGAAGGAGUUGAACCAGCAACGCAGAGCGAAAGAGUUUACAGACCUGAAAAUUAUUGUUGAAGGCAAAGAGUUUGAAGUCCACCAAAAUGUUCUAGCUUCCUGCAGCUUGUAUUUCAAGGACCUGAUUAAAAGGUCACCACGAGACAGUAGCAGAAGCGGGGAGAAGCUGGAAUUGGCCAUGUCCAACCUCACUGCGGAUGUCCUGGAAUUACUCCUGGAGUUUGUUUAUACAGGUUCUUUGAUCAUAGAUUCAGCCAAUGCGAAAACCCUACUGGAAGCUGCCAGCAAGUUCCAGUUUCACACUUUCUGUAAAGUCUGCGUUUCGUUUCUAGAAAAGCAGCUGACUGCUAGCAACUGCUUAGGAAUAUUAGCCAUGGCUGAAGCCAUGCAGUGCACUGAACUAUACAACAUGGCCAAAGCAUACGCCUUGCAGAUUUUCCCAGAGGUGGCAAACCAAGAAGAGAUCCUUAAUAUCUCAAAAGACGACUUCAUUUCCUACAUGUCCAAUGACAGCCUGAACACCAAAGCGGAGGAGCUGGUGUAUGAAACAGUGAUAAAGUGGAUUAAGAAGGACGCUGCAAUCAGAGCUCAGUAUGCUGCGGAGUUGCUGGCAGUGGUGCGCCUCCCCUUCAUCCAUCCCAGUUAUCUGCUAAACGUUGUUGACAACGAGGAGUUGAUAAAGUCUUCGGAGGCUUGCCGGGAUCUAGUGAACGAAGCCAAACGUUAUCACAUGCUGCCACAUGCCCGACAAGAGAUGCAGACGCCGAGGACCCGGCCCAGGCUCUCUGCAGGUGUAGCUGAGGUAAUAGUCUUAGUUGGGGGGCGUCAGAUGAUUGGCAUGAAUCAACGUGCUUUAACAGCGGUCACUUGCUUAAAUCCUCAAAACAACAAGUGGUACCCCUUGGCCAGCCUGCCCUUCUACGAUCGAGAGUUUUUCAGCGUGGUCAGUGCUGGGGACAACAUCUAUCUCUCAGGCGGCAUGGAGUCGGGUGUCACGCUCGCUGAUGUCUGGUGUUACAUGUCCUUGCUCGAUAACUGGAACCUCGUGUCCCGCAUGACAGUCCCAAGGUGUCGACAUAACAGUCUGGUGUACGAUGGGAAAAUUUAUACCAUUGGAGGGGUCGGUGUGGCAGGCAACGUUGACCAUGUGGAAAGGUACGACACGAUAACCAACCAGUGGGAGACCAUCGCUCCUCUGCCAAAGGCCGUCCAUUCGGCUGCUGCGACCGUUUGCGGUGGGAAGAUCUAUGUCUUUGGUGGGGUGAACGAAGCUGGCCGAGCUGCGGGGGUCUUGCAGUCCUACAUCCCUCAGACUAAUUCAUGGAGUUUUAUAGAGUCUCCGAUGAUCGAUAACAAAUAUGCUCCUGCAGUCACUCUCAAUGGGUUCAUCUUUAUUCUUGGAGGAGCUUAUGCACGAGCAACCACCAUCUAUGACCCAGAAAAAGGCAAUAUUAAAGCAGGUCCCAACAUGAACCACUCCAGGCAGUUCUGCAGCGCUGUGGUCCUGGAUGGAAAAAUUUAUGCCACUGGUGGGAUCGUUAGCAGUGAAGGACCUGCCCUGGGAAACAUGGAAGCGUACGACCCUAAAACAAAUACGUGGACACUUCUACCAAAUAUGCCCUGCCCUGUUUUUCGACACGGCUGCGUAGUAAUCAAGAAGUACAUUCAGAGCGGCUGA